AUGGUUGGUGUAAAAGGUUUAAAUUGCAUCUGCUCUGAAGGUUUUAUCAGGUCUAAAAGUGGUGAUUGCAUCUUGCUCAGCAAAACUGCUGAAGAAAACGUUGUGCCUUCUCAGCCGUCAUUUAAUUUUUCGAUUGAGGGGCCAUCAGUCGUUCAGUUGCCUCAAAAUUCAGUUCUGUUGAAAGUUGUUUUUAAUGGUACUCAGACUUGCAUCAAUUGUACUUUUUAUUGGGAAGUAUUGGAAGGUGUAGGCUUCGCUACCUCUGACACUUAUACGAAACCUGUAUUAAAGCUUGUAGAUCUCAGAGAAGGCACUAUACGUCUACGAAUAACGCUAAAAAAUGGAACUUUGGUUGCAUUUCGAGAUACUUUAUUGAAAAUUUUGCCGAAAAAACAGGGAAAUAAAGCACCUAUUGCUGUUAUACGUCCAACCAGAUAUUUUAUAGGAAGUUCUGAUGACAGUGGAGAGCUUGAAUUUGAGUGGAAAAUGUUAAAUGGCCCGGCUGUCCUUUUGCCUGCUAUGAAUACUGCGAUAAUGCGACUUGAUGGCUUACUUAUAGGGAAUUAUACAUUUCAGUAUGUUUUAUCAGGAUUGACUGUUAGGGAUAAGGAAGGUGCUACAAGCAAUCAAAAUGUGGAUGUCAUCGUUAAUCCUAAAAGGGAUGAUCCUCCUAAAGCUCAUAUUAACGAAUGCGGUGAUUCUUCCCCUAUUUCAACCAUUGAUGUUCGCCUACCUCGUGAAACUCUUUUGUUAUGUGCCAACCAAUCAACUGAUGAUUAUGGUAUAGAGUCUUACAAUUGGUUCAGAGUGGAUAAUUUUACUUCGCAGCUGUCAUUGGAUUAUUCAGGCUCAACAACAUCUGUAUUGGCUAUAACGAAUUUGCAAACGAAUGAAAAAUUCGGUCCUUACGUUUUUCGUCUUGAAGUUAAAGAUAAAAGUGGUAAUAAAGAUUCAACGAAUGUGAGUAUUCUUGUAAACAAAGCCGUCAAUCAGAAACCACGUCCAGAUGCUGGUGGAAACCAAACUAUAGAAUUACCACAGAAUUCUAUUGUAUUGAACGGAAAUGUAAAAGAUGAUGGCGAAAUAUCGAGUUACAUGUGGUAUCAAAUUAGGUAUAAAUAUUUCCUAUUAAUUUUAUUUUAUGGUCCGAGUGAAGCAAUCUUUGUUAAUCGUGAUAAAUCGAAGUGCACUGUAAGUGGAUUGAUAGAAGGAUUAUACCAAUUUCGUUUCAAUGUUACAGAUGAUGGUGGUCUUUCAGCUGUAGAUGACACAUUCGUUGCGGUCAUUCGAAGUAAAAAUGAACCACCUGUUGCUAAAGCUUCCAAUAUUACAGUAACUUUGCCGGCUAAUCUAGCAAUAUUGAACGGUAGUUCUUCAUUCGAUGAUGCUGGCAUUGUUCGUUAUUUGUGGAUCCCAAACGAUGACGUUCCAGCAUGCAUUACAUUCCUUGGCGAUUCUGUAUCAAAUCCUAUUGCAUAUUUACAUGGAAUUGUACCAGGUGUAUUCUUAUUCACUUUGAAAGUUUGGGAUCAAUCAGAAGAGCAGAAUUCUACUGUGGUUUCUUUGACGGUGCUUCAAGGAGAUGAACAUUUAAAUUCUGUCGAAAUGUUCAUAAAUCAGGCAAUUUUUGAUAUGACUUAUCGUCUACGAACAAAAUUAGAAAAGAGUCUCAGUGCUGCAUUAGUCACGAAGGUUUUUUUUUUCAUGAAAUUGACAGGGACCAAUGCUCUUGAAAACAGUGAUGAAGUGAUCAAAACUUCUGUAUGGAAUACUGUUAGUGCAAACAAAGCCGUUGAAUUCUUGCGUGCGGAAAGCAAUAUGAUCAGCGAAUUUCAAAUUGUCUCUAUCAACACUCUAUGCAAAAUGAGAGUUUCUACGCGAAUUUUGGAGAAUCACAGAAAUUUGAUUAAACUUAACUUUUCAGAUUGCUUUCUUGAUUGUUCUGGCCACGGAGUAUGCAGUAAUUUUACAAAAGAGUGUCUGUGUAACCGAUAUUGGAUGUCAAACAUUAUUGCUUAUCUCAUUAAUGGAACAAAACGAGAUUGAAUGAUGAAGCGUCAUCGUAUACGGCGCAGACGAGCCAAUCGCAAUGACGGAACGUCGUCAUCUCAAAAUGGUUUUUCAAAUGGAUCAGUCAAGUGCCUUAAAAAUGAAAGAUCCUAUGCACUACUUGUACCAUCAGAUUCAUUAAGUUCCGAAGAUGAAUUGAUAAAUCGUGUAAAUUUUUCGCGUGCAACUACAAAUAGAGAAUUAGAACUUCGUGCGCGAUCUUCAGAUUCUGUGAAUUUCACUUGA